ACUGUCCGACUGUAUUGGUCCUUCAGUGUAAAGUUGAAGUAAAAACAUAUCACUGAAAUGGGUAUUUAGAGAGUGUUGGUGCUCAAAUCACAUUCUGUAAGCUUUAUUUCCCAAUCCUUUUAGAUUCUUCUGGGAUUUUAAACACGUUCGCCGUUUCAAUCUACAGUACAACCAUGGACAUCAGAAUAACACUCGCAGUUGUAUGGUUCUUCGCACUGUCUUGCACAGCUGGCAAUGAAGGAAUGGUGGAUAUCCCAGGAGGAAAGAUGACGAUGGGGACGGACUCAGCCGACGGGAGAGACGGAGAAUCACCCACGAAAGAAGUGACAGUUGGUCCUUUCAAAAUUGAUAAAUAUCCCGUCACUAAUUCGGACUUCAGGGAGUUUGUCAGGGCAAAAAAAUACAAGACUGAAGCGGAGACGUUUGGCUGGAGUUUUGUGUUUCAUGACUUUGUGUCUGAAGAGUUGAAGAGCAAAGUGACUGAGAAGAUAGAGUCUGCGCCUUGGUGGCUGCCAGUUGAGCGGGUGUUUUGGAGACAGCCUGCCGGUCCUGGUUCUGGGGUCAGGGAGCGCCUAGAGUGCCCAGUUGUCCAGGUGAGCUGGAACGAUGCACAGGCCUUCUGCAGUUGGAGGGGGAGGAGGCUGCCCAGCGAGGAGGAGUGGGAGUGGGCUGCACGCGGGGGUCUUCAGGGUAGGACGUAUCCCUGGGGAAACAAGUUCCAAGUCAACCGCAGCAACCUGUGGCAGGGGCUGUUUCCUGAUGGAGACACUGCAGAGGAUGGUUACCACGGUAUCGCCCCUGUCACUGCCUUCCCUCCUCAAAACAAUUAUGGACUUUAUGACAUGAUGGGCAACGCUUGGGAGUGGACAUCGACGCCCUUUCCCGGAGCUCGUCCAAUGUUUGUGCUGCGUGGUGCUUCCUGGAUCGACACGGUAGAUGGAUCAGCCAAUCACAAAGCGAGAAUCACAACGAGAAUGGGGAACACUCCUGACUCAGCUUCUGAUAACCUGGGCUUCAGGUGUGCUUCCAUGCAGGGAAAGAAACAAAGGAAGAAGGCAAAGACAGAACUGUAGAGACCAGUCAACCAACCAUGAUGACUGUCAUGAUAAACAUUAUGAUGUCUAGUGUUUUGGUUAAAUAAGAAGAACCGAAGAUCGGUUGACCAUGACGAAACGCUACUGACGAUAAGGACUUUGUAGAUGAAGAUCGGUAUGAUUAUGUGCAGAGAAAAUGUUGUUUUUCUCCUGUGGAGACCAAUUUUUUUUACUACUGUGAUGUCUACAGGAAUAA